UUUAAACCUUCCCUCCAAGUCCAAAACAUUCCCUCUUCCUUUCACUCUUCUCGCCCAAAGAAGAACGAAGCAAGCAAACACCCACCCACCCACCCCACCCAAGAUCUCUCUUUUUCUCUCUCUGUAUAUCCAAGAUGUUGAAGGGCCUUUUCACCCGCAAGAAAAGCUCCCGCCCCUUCAAGGACUACUACUCGGAUUGGUUCAACAUCCUCAAGAACACUCUCCUACCCCUCCUCCGCUGCUCUAUCUCCGAUCCUUCCCCCACCCUCCUCUCCACCCACGUCGAGAUGCUCCACCACCACUUUCAAUCCUACUACCACGCCCUCGAUCUCGCCUCCUCCCACGAUGUUGCUCAGCUCCUCUUCCCCGACUGGCGCAAUUCCCUCGAGAAGCCCUUCCUCUGGCUUGGCGACUUCCAUCCCUACCUCUUCACUAACCUCAUCCGGUCUUUCAUUAAUGAGACCGAUAAAUAUAUUGAUGACAAAAACGAUGUUUUGAUCAACGUGGGUGGAGAGAACUGCGAGUUCUUUGAUAAACCGUGGGAAAUUGCGAUGGCAUGGAGGGCCCCGAGUAAAAUCUUGAUGACCCGGAUCGAUCAGGUUGAGUGCGGACUGAGGCUGAUGGUGCCGGCACUGGCGAACCGGGUGAGGAAAGCGCAGGCGGGCCUCGUGGAACGGAUGGUGGAGGAUUGGGUCUGGUGUCAAGGGAGAAAGGAGACGGCGAGAACAGUGAUUGGUGAGGCAGUGGCGGUGGAGAUGGAGGAGAUGGUGAGCCUGUUCUUGGACGCGAACAGGCUAAGGAGGAGCGUUCUUGCGGAGAUCAUCAGCGCUACGAGUGUGUAUCAGGCGGCUCUGUUUCUUUUGGGGUUAGCCCAAUUCCUUAUUGGGUUGAGGGACCCCGCAUUGGUUUCCGAAUUCGAAAGGUGCAAGACCCCUCUCAACAAACCAAGCCACCCUGCGCUUUGAUUUCCUAUUAAUCUUGUUUUCUUGAUCUGAAAAGUGGGUUCUUUUUGAACGUAUGGGGGAAGUGGUUUUUGCCUCUUGAACUUUCUUGCAUAUCUUUGGGGCAGAGUUCUAAAUAUGGAGCUCUAGGUUAAGUUUUUCUAUGUUAGUUCGAUUGCGUUUCCUAUUGUAAAGCAUAUACCUUUUCAGUAAAUUAUGUUGUUUAUAUGCCA